AUGCGCGUGAGCGAGGAUACUAGCACGAAGGAGGUCUUUGAGCGGGUGGCGGCGGAUUUCCUGCAGCUAUACAAACGGUGUGUGCUGGCGCAGACUAGGGAGGUACGCAGUAGUGACCGGGAACGCUGCGAGGAGUUGGUGAGACGGAAUGCACUUGCGAGAGAGCUAUGUAAGCUGCAUCAGACACUGUGCUUCGUGUAUGAAAAUGACGCGCUGUAUGGUAUUGUGCUGGACGCGUUGGACCUAGAGGGCAUCUACGGUCGCGUGGAAGAGGGUCCGGGGGCUGACGAUUACCAGGACCGAUUAGUCCAAGAGCUGCUGCGUUACUUCAAGGACGAGUUCUUUACGUGGUGCGACAAGCCGUUGUGCGCGCGCUGCGGAACGGCCAAGAAACAGGCGGCAGUGGGGCAUGGCAAGCCGACGGUGGAAGAGGCACGUUACCGGUGCACUGUCGUUGAGCUAUUCCGAUGCGAGGACUGCGGUGAUGUGGCGCGGUUUCCGCGGUACAACGACCCGCUGAAGCUGCUGGAGACACGGACAGGGCGCUGCGGCGAGUGGUGCAACCUGUUCAUGCUGAUCCUGCGCUCGUUUGGAAUCGAAGCGCGGUACACCUGGAACCGCGAGGAUCACGUCUGGUGCGAAGUGUACUCAAAUGCACUGAAGCGGUGGGUCCAUGUGGACUCAUGCGAGAAGAGCUUCGACGAGCCGCACAUAUAUUCAGUAAACUGGAACAAGGCUAUGAGCUAUGUGAUUGCAUUCUCAAACCGCUCGGUGAAAGAUGUGAGCCGCCGUUAUAUUGUGCGGAACCGUCUACCUCGCGACCAGAUUGACGAGGACGACCUACAGUUUCUCACUAAAUACCUUACAAAGCUGCUACGCCUUCAGCUGCCUGACGAGGAAAGAUAUUUGCUGCAUUGUCGGGACGAGUUAGAGGCGAUUGAUCUAUUGGGUAGCAAGACCGCGCCUAUGGAAAUCCCGCCAGCUGCCGGGGCCGCGGGACGGCAGAGUGGGUCUGCUGAUUGGAAGAGGCAGAGGGGUGAAGAUGGGCGUUGA